ACAAAAAAAAAGUAAUCAAAACUCGUUGAACUUCCCCCAAAACCCUCCAUCAUUCUGCAAAAAAAUGGAAGGCGGCGUCGCAGCGGAGCAAGGAACGGUGACUUGUGCGUCAUGGAUAAGGCGGCCGGAGGAAGCGCAUCUAGUUGCCUUAGGGAAGUCGAAGCACGGAAAUUUCCCUGCCUCUUUUCAAAUUUUCACUUUCGACCGUCUCACCACAUCUCUCUCGUCAUCUCCUUCGGCCACAUUCGAGUUUGAAGACGGAUGUGAUCCAGUAAGCCUAGCGGUGCAUCCAAGCGGUGAUGAUAUUAUCUGCUCUACUACCAAGAGCGGCUGCAGGGUGUUUGAAUUGCAUGAUCAAGAGAAAAAUUUGAAGUUGUUGGCCAAAGAUCUAAAACCCCUCCAAAAUGUGGGCCCACAGAAGUGCCUAGCAUUUAGUACGGAUGGAUCUAGAUUUGCUGCUGGAGGUGUGGAUGGGCAUCUGAGAAUAUACGAGUGGCCAAGCAUGCGUGUCAUAGUAGAUCAACCAAAAGCUCACCAGGGAUUCAACGAUAUGGAUUUCAGCCUAGACUCAGAGUUCUUAGCUUCAACAUCCACUGAUGGGUCCGCUCGGAUUUGGAAUGCGAAUGAUGGUGUUCCAGUCAACUCUUUGACUCGAACUUCAGAUGAGAAAAUUGAACUAUGUCGAUUUUCUAAGGAUGGAACAAAACCGUUUUUGUUUUGCACUGUCCAAAAAGGAAAUAAAUCAAUCACAGUUGUCUGGGAUAUUUCUACAUGGGACAAAAUUGGGUUCAAAAGGCUUCUUAGAAAGCCUGCUUGUGUAAUGUCCAUCAGCUUGGAUGGCAAAUAUUUAGCUCAGGGAAGUAAAGAUGGUGAUGUAUGUGUAGUAUCAGUGAAGAAGAUGGAAGUUUGUCACUGGAGUAAGAGGCUUCACUUGGGCUAUCCUGUCUCCUCCCUGGAUUUCUGUCCCAGUGAAAGGGUUGUUCUUUCGACCUCUAAUGAAUGGGGAGCUAUGGUGACCAAGUUAAACGUUCCUGCAGAUUGGAAAGAAUGGCAACUAUAUAUCUUGCUUAUAGGACUUUUUUUGGCAUCUGCGGUGUUGUUCUACAUAUUCUUUGAGAAUUCUGAUUUAUUUUGGAAUUUCCCAAUGGCGAAAGACCAACCUGCACGACCUAAACUUGGUUCUUACGUAGGAGACCAUCAAUCUGAUGAUAAAAACAUGUGGGGCCCCGUGGACAUGUAAACAUACGUCACUUGCUCUCUCUCAUAAAUGAUAUGUAGAGAUCACGGAGCUAAUUUUCAACCAUAUGUUGACAACUAAAAAUUUGGUUCUUCUUACCUGCAAUUUGUAAUAGAGAUGGCACCCUACGAUUAUUUAUGUUCGUCUUGUUUGUAAUAUUAAUUCUUUUUUCCUCUAAAUUUGUUUCGGAUCCUUUUACCAUCGAGUUG